AUGGAGCUUCGAGACCAGCUUGGGCGCUCCGAACUCCGAGUUGCCCUGCGCCUCGUCCCCAAUGCGAAUUUGAUUUGGGCUGGCUCCCGAGCAUCCAGAUUUGAGAGGAGGAGGAGGAAAAGUCGUCGUCGCAUGUAUAAUUCCAAGGUUGAUGCAACGGUCGAUACAACGCCCGGCGCAGUAACAAUACUCCUGCAAUAUGGACUGUAUCCCCCAGACCUCGUCGUGGACGUUGCCCCGUCGAGGACCGGCGAGCUCACAUUGGCCAAUUUGCACACCUUGAUACCCGCUUCUCCGAGACACAGCUUCGUUCGUGGGCUGCGAUCCUCAGUCCUCAGUGCUCCACAUGUGCACCCUCCACCCUCCACCAAAUCCACAGUCGCAGGUCCCAAACAGCCAGCCAAAGGCGAGGCCUUUCAGAACCCACACAGACUCAACAUUGAAGGCCCAUUGACGGCCCAGUCCCAUGGUUGCAUGUGUGCGGUGCCCUCGAGGCCACCCUUCGUCCACCAAGCCGCGCCCAGCCAGCCAGCCAGCCAGCACAGAGAGCACAGAGGACACAGCCAACAGCCAUUGACCCCGACACAGCCAGCCGACGUGAGCAGCCCUGUCAGCCCAAACCAGACCCAAGCAGCAGCGUUUGGCCCAGCACCGUCCCGUCAAUCUUCGAGCUGCUCCGACUUGAUCGCUGCUGAUUGUCGCCGCUUCGCUAGUGCUGCUCCUCCGGCUUGCUCCUCCGGCCCUGGUCCAACGUCGACCUGUUUCCACUCGGCCUGCUCAAGUGGUCGACGACAUCGAAACGAGGGCCAGCGAGGCUACACUCCACGACGACAAUCUCUUCUCCGUUGCUGCUGCUGCCGCCGCUCACUUCACCGCGCCACCUCCCGCCGGUACGCUCUGGGCUCGCUCUGGGCUCGCUCAACGCAUUACUCAACUUACUCUUUCCACCAUUCACCCCUGUGGGCGACUGCUCCUUGCCCUGGCUGCCCUUUUGCCCACGGUAUAUUGACGUCUGUACUGAUAGAGAUCCUUCUCUGGGGUAACUCCCUUGAGCAGAGUUACAUCAUGGCCGAAUACCACCCGUAUGAUCCUCGAGCUCAGCAACGGCCGCCGCCCCCUCGCGGUUACCCCGAUUCCAACAAUUACCAACGAGAUGCCGCAUACUCCAAUAUCUUUGGUGCUGCUCCUCCCCCGGGACGAUCACAGACAAUGACGUCGUCAUCUCCCGGCCCCCCCAUGGACCCGGAGAGAACGCAGACCAUGUCUUCUACGGCUUCUGGCAUGCAACGUCAACCGCCGCCGAGACCACAGCAAGGUUACUACGGCGAGCGAGAACCCAUGCAACGAAGACCUGUACCAAGUGACCCAAAUGCUGGAGGCGGCUACUAUCCGGGGUCGAGAGCGGCUUCGGGGGGGCACCCGCCGCCCCCAUCACAGUCACAAUACGCUCAGCAACACCAGCCGAGACGACCAUAUCAGGGCCCCGGCGGCCCUCUCCCUCCUCGGAUGGAGUCGCGAGGUCCGCCGCCGCAGGCUGCAGGCGCGCGAUAUGGCCCUCAGAGCGGAUAUCAAGGGCCCCCACGGCCUGCAAUGAAUAGCGACCCUUAUCGCUCACAGUCUCUAGCAUCUGUUCCCCGGCCGCAAAUGUAUCAGCCGCCUCCGAGUUCAUACCAGCAAUCGCCGGCAAAUCAAUUUCGUCAAGCUGCCUACUCUAAUCACAAUUCAGCCAGGACAACAGCACAGGGCCGGGUUGUCCCCGAACGCCAUCAUGACGACCGUUCCAUGUCAAUGACCGGCUCUUAUCACCCCAUGGAUCGAGAUUCUCACCAAACAAUGAGCGGCCGCAUCAUUCCAAACCGGAGGGCGCCAAGUGACGUGUCAAUGUCCAAUGGGUAUGCCCCCAACGGAGGCUACCAUACUGCCCCGGGAUCCCAGACACGAACCACCAGUAUGGCCUCGUCUGUUGGCUUCCCAGAACACGCCAGGACUAUGUCUAUGGCUUCUACCGCAGCCUCUACAAUUACACCUUCCGAAUCCGACACCAUGACGCUCGUAAGCCGACCCUCUAGAAGCAAGUCCGUCGAGAGUGAUCGACCAACCACCGCCACAAAGAUUCGUCCUCCGCUUGUUUAUCCGGCACUGCUCUCAAGAGUCGCCGAGUGCUUCCGACGAAAAAUCAUUACUGGGGACCGCACCAAGAAUGAACUGACGUACAAGAAUGCCUUCAGCGGUUCAGAGGCGGUGGACGUGUUAUCAUAUAUCAUCCGCACCACCGAUCGUAACUUGGCCCUCCUGCUUGGUCGUGCCCUGGAUGCUCAAAAAUUCUUCCACGAUGUAACAUACGAGCACAGGCUGCGAGACUCGCAGUCCGAAAUGUAUCAGUUCAAAGAAACCCUUAUGGAGGAGCCCGAGGAAAAGCCCCCUGUUAAUGGUGUCUUUGUGCUGCUGACCGAAUGCUACUCUCCCACCUGCACAAGAGAUCAGCUUUGCUACUCGAUUGCUUGUCCACGACGGUUAGAACAGGUUUCUAGGCUGAACCUGAACGCGAGCUCCGGCCUCCGAAAAAAUGAUGCUGCAGUGAUCAACGACGACGAGGUCGACCAAACCGACGAGCAGAAGCUUUGGAUCAAUACCGUGCCGAAAGAAGUUGCCGAUGCAGUCGGUGAACGCGAAAAGAAAAGACAAGAAGUCAUAUCCGAAAUUUGCUAUACUGAAAGAGACUUUGUCAAGGAUCUUGAGUAUCUUCGCGAUUUCUGGAUUAUACCUCUGCGAUCGAAGGCCUCGCCCAUCCCGUUACAGCGCCGAGAUAAGGUUGUCAAGACCAUCUUCAGCAAUAUCAUUGACCAUCCGAGUAUCCAUACCGUCAGCUCUCGAUUUGCCUCGUCCCUCACAAACCGACAGCAGAAGAACCCCAUUGUGCAUAAUAUUGGUGACAUCUUCCUCGACUACGUACCACAAUUCGACCCAUUUAUUUACUACGGUUCCAAGCAGUUAGAAGGAAAGUUUGAUUUUGAGAAUGAACGAUCCGUAAAUCCAUUUUUCGCCAAGUUUGUGGACGAAAUUGAGCGACGGAAGGAGUCAAGAAAGCUGGAACUCAAUGGUUAUCUUACCAAGCCGACCACCCGUCUCGCUCGAUACCCAUUGCUCCUGGAGAAUGUGUUGAAAUACACGGAGGAAGGCAAUCCUGAUAAGGAUGAUAUUCCCAAAGUUUUAACCAUGAUUCGAGACAUUUUGGGCAGAGUCAAUGCCGAGUCUGGAAAGGCAGAGAAUAGAUUCAACUUGCGAAGACUUCAGGAACAGCUUAAAUUCCGGCCUCAGGAACGAGUUGACCUCAGACUUACCGAAGACGGACGAGAGAUGGUGUUUAAGAGUCAAUUCAAGAAAUCGCCCACUGAUCCUGCCGAGAUAACUGCAUUCCUCUUCGACCACGCUGUCCUUUUGGCCCGCAUCAAGCAAAAUGGCAAGACCGAGGAACUCAAAGCCUAUCGACGCCCUAUCCCGCUGGAACUGUUGGCCAUCCGGGAAAUGGAUGAGGUUAUACCCGGUCAAGGAAUGAAGCGUUCAUCGUCUGGUCUGAUUCCAUCGAUCAGAGCAAACAAUGCCGAAACGAGGAAGGGCGAAGGCUGGCCGAUUACAUUCCGUCAUUUAGGCAAGGCAGGCUACGAGCUGACCCUCUAUGCUUCAAACCAGGCAGCGCGGAAGAAGUGGUUGGAAUUCAUUGCCAAUGCCCAGCAGCGACUUCGUGCUCGUGCCGACUUUUUCAACACGACGGUCAUUUCGAGCAAUUUCUUUGUGGGCACGAACCAUGUCAACUGUGUUAUGCCGUUCGAUGGCGGUCGCAAGCUUCUUUAUGGUACAGACAACGGCGUCUAUCUAUCAGACCGUAAGAACAAGGCACAGAUCCCAAGAAGAGUGUUGGAAACCCCCAACGUAACUCAGAUCGACAUCUUGGAAGAAUACCAACUCCUGUUGGUGUUAUCCAACAAGACAUUGCAGUCAUACGCGCUUUCCGCGCUGAACCCCGAUGAGCCUGCCAUGAGCAAGCGACCGAAGAAGAUCCAGAACCACUGCAGCUUCUUCAAGACGGGUAUCUGCCUGGGUCGACAUCUCGUCUGCUGUGUCAAAUCAUCCGCAUUGUCAACAACUAUCAAGGUCUUUGAGCCCAAUGACGCUAUGACCAAGGGUAAAAAGCAGAAGGGCCUUGGCAAAUUCAUAGCCGGUGGCCAUGACGAACUUCGACCAUUCAAGGAGUUUUACAUUCCCACAGAGUCGUCGUCAGUUCACUUCCUCAAGUCGAAGCUAUGCGUUGCAUGUGCGCGAGGCUUCGAGGUUGUAUCCCUCGAGACUCUGGAGACGCAAUCACUUCUGGAUCAGGCAGAUACUUCUCUUGAUUUUGUUGCACGCAAAGAGAAUGCCAAGCCGAUUCAUAUUGAGCGUCUCAAUGGAGAAUUCUUGCUGAACUACUCUGAAUUCUCGUUUUUUGUUAACCGCAAUGGUUGGCGAGCAAGACCCGAGUGGCGGAUUGACUGGGAGGGAUCGCCCCUAAGCUUUGCACUCAGCUACCCCUGGAUCCUUGCGUUUGAACCCAACUUUAUCGAAUUACGCAAUAUUGAAAACGGUGCAGUGCAUAUUGUGCCCCACAAGAACAUUCGUAUGCUUCACAGCAGUACUCAUGAGAUUUUAUUUGCAUACGAAGAUGAGCGGGGAGAGGACGUUGUCGAAGCCAUUGAUUUUUGGAAGAAUGACCGAAAAUCCCAAAUCUUGAGCGGCCCUUCGUCUUCUCCCCCGCAUCUAAGCAGUUCUUGA